AUGCGAAUGGAGAACAGCUCAAAAGAUUCUCCUUCAUUGCAGGUCUUCUACGCAUUUGAGGAGUCAACCCUGAGCAUGCGAUGUUGCUGUGAUGCAAAUCGGGGUUUCAUCAUGCAUAUUUUGGAUAAUUUCCAAAAUGAAGUACUACGUAUCACACGACCAUUCAAGUGUUGGGGAGGAGGAUGCGGUGGAAUUUUCGCCGGCAUUGAUUGCUGCAGUUAUGAAUGCAGUAUUGAAGCUCCACCAGGAAAUGUUAUCGGCAGCGUGGUUCAGCGUCGAGCUUGCUGUGCCAGCAGUUUCGACGUGAAGGAUGACGGCGGCCAAUUGGUUCUCACAAUUGAUGGACCCUUCAUAGCAUGUGGACGUAACGUCGAAUUUCCGGUAAUA